AUGAAAAUGGAAAAAGAUAAAUCAGAAAUGAAAAAUAUUAAUGGUAUUGCGCACCAUCUCGCUGGAUUACCUGGGCCACCACCGGAAUGGGCUCUUUUGGGGGGAAGACAUCCAUAUCCCAACGCACCCUUUAUGGGUCAUCACCACCCCCAUUUCACCCAUCAUAUGUUUGCUGCUUUGGACCGUCCACUAAAUAUAUCUCCACGGAUAGCAAACGAACCAUCUUCAACAUCUCUAGGGCCGAUAUCAAUAAAUUGCAGUAGUGCCCAUAGUACCACUUCCCCGAAGGCAUCUCCCAAUACUCAAGUUGGACUUCUAACAACUGCUGGUGGCCCGCAGUCACCUCAGGAAGACGACAUAUCUGUAACUGCCUCGCCUACUCCAUCACCUCAACCUCCUCCAGCCUUUCCAGGGAUUCCACCACCUCAAAUGCAGAGUAAUCAGCUAUUCAACAAUGCAUUGGCUGCUAGUUUGUUCUUGAAUGCGCCUUUAAUACCACCUCCUGGUCAGUGGUUCUACUCCCAGCUGUAUCCGCACGACUGGAGUUGGAUGAACUUCAGGAAUAAUCAACUGAUGUCGAGGACGUCCCAGGACGAUGACAACUCCCAAAAUCCAGACAGCUCUAGCGAAAAAUUAGACGUAACUGAAAUAGAGGACGAAAGUGACAUUAAAGAUGAUAAAGAACUUGUUAAAGAUGUAAAAGACCAUAUUAAAGAAACAGAUAAAGAUGUUAAAAAUUGUGAAGGUGUUAAUUUAAGUGUUAAAGUAAGAAAAGCGGCAGUUACUUUAGUGAAACAAAAAGAAGAAGUGAGUUCAAGUGACAGAGAAAAUAAUAAGUGUUCUAAAGAAAAUAGCAGGCAUGUGUGGAGACCGUAUUAGAUGAUUGUAAAUGUUAUAGGUUGUGGUAUUUUUUUUUUGUUUUUGAUAAUUAUUGCAGUUAUGCCCUAUAAAUUGUGUUAUUGUACAAAUAAAAAACUAUUCGAACAUUUAUAGUUAAAACAAUUGGUUGCAAGAACAUUAGAAUGUAUAGACGCUUAGAUUGUG